GCCGCGCUGUGGCGGCCGCCUCCCUCCCUGAGUACAAAGAAGGAGGGAAGGCGCUCCCGGGGGCACUGAGGCUCCCGGGCCCGCGGCUGGGGGAGCGCGGCGGCGUGGGGCGCGAUCGUGUCUCUACUCCGAAAGGGAUUUGAAAAUUACUUAAUACCUGGUUUUGUUGCAGUGAACAUAUAUUUUUCUUUACCUUUUUCUUUUUGUUUUCCUUUGUUUUUAGCAUGAAUGGAAGGGGGGGUGGUGGGGAGAGGAAAAAAUAAUGAACUGAAAGGAAGGGAGAGGAACAAAUCACUACCUUUUCAUCGUGAAAGUACUUAAUUAAAUCUUCUGUAAUAUGUAUACAUCAAUACAAAAAAAAAAAAUGUUUCUGAACCCACGCAAGAAAUCUGGCCUAAAAUAUAUGCAAACCUGAAAAUCAGUUUUGUUUGGUUCAUUACUGCACAAGUGUUUUAUAUAAAAUGGAACUCUUCUAGCAGAGGGUUUAAAGUAUUCCAUGUACUCAGAAAAUCUCUUAUAGCUUCAUUAGGCAACUUCCCUGGGAAUCUGACAGACAUAUGUUCAUAUCUAUUCUCCUUGUUUCAGGAUAGAUAUCUGGCUUAAAAUUAGUGUCUUGAUCACAAGAUUGUGGGUUCCUUAAAAACCCAGUGUGUAGUAGGGAAUGGUCCCUUCUUUUGAGAAAUUUAAAAUCAGAAUCAUUUAGGUUGGAUAAGACCUCUAAAAUCAUUGAAUCCAGUCAUUAACCCAGCACUGCCAAGCCCACCACUAAACCCUGUCCAUAAAUUUACACAUCUACAACAUAUUUUAAAUACCUCCAGGGUGGUGACUCAGGCAGUUCCUUGGGCAGCAUAUUCCAAUAGUUAACAAGCCUUUCCUUAAAGAAAUUUGUCCUAAUAUCUAAUUUAAACCUCCCCUGGCACAAUAUGAGGUCAUAUCCCCUUGUCUUGUCACUUGGUGCUUGAGACCAACCCAGCUUCAACCUCUUUUCAGGUGGUUGUGGAGAGUGAUGUCGCCCCUGAACUUCCUUUUCUUCAGCGUAAACACCCCCAGCCCCCUCAGCUGCUCCAGACCUUUCCUCAGAUCUGUUGCCUUUCUCUGGACAUGUUCCAGCACCUUCCUGUAGUAAAAGGCCCAAAACUGAACACAGGGUUCAAGAUGUGGUCUUAGCAGUGCCAAGUCUAGGGGGACAAUCCCUGCCCUGGUCCUGCUGGCCACACUAUUGCUAAUACAGGAUGCUAUUGGCUUUCUUGGACAAAUAUCGCUAUAUCUAAAAAUUACUUGGUGUUUUUAAUUUUAGCUCUGAGAUGAAAAAAUUAUUUCCUGAAAAUCUACUGUUCACCAAGUCCUUGCUGAACUUGUAUUUGUGAGGCAGUAGAAGCUAUGGACAAGAAGGUGGCUAUAUACUACGCAUAUCUUCAGCAAGCUCAAGCAUUUUACUCGUUUCCGUUCCAUCAGGUGAUGACUGCAAUGCCCAACAUGGAAAUGAUGACUAUGCAGCCGACUCAGGAGGGCAUUCCAGAGCCAAACAUUGCUCAGGAGCCUCCAAAAGAAGUUAAAAAGGGGGGAAGGAAAAGAAAACCCAAAGCAACUGAGCCAAAGCAACCCAAAAAGCCUGCUGCUAAAAAAGAAAAACCAGCCAAGUCAAAAGGCAAACAAGAAAAGAUCACAGAUACUUUUAAAGUCAAAAGAAAAGUGGACCGUUUUAAUGGUGUAUCUGAAGCUGAACUUCUGACCAAGACUUUGCCUGAUAUUUUGACCUUUGAUCUGGAUAUUGUGAUAAUUGGCAUAAACCCUGGCCUGAUGGCAGCUUACAAAGGACAUCAUUACCCAGGACCUGGAAACCAUUUUUGGAAGUGUCUGUUCAUGUCUGGUCUAAGUAAUGAACAGCUGAACCACAUGGAUGACCACACCUUGCCACAUAAAUAUGGGAUUGGAUUUACAAACAUGGUUGAAAGGACAACACCUGGAAGCAAAGACCUCUCCAGCAAAGAGUUUCGGGAAGGAGGGCGAAUUCUGAUGCAGAAACUACAAAAGUAUAAACCUCGUAUAGCAGCUUUUAAUGGAAAAUGUAUUUAUGAAAUUUUUAGUAAAGAAGUUUUUGGAAUUAAAGUUAAGAACUUGGAGUUUGGGCUGCAGCCACAUAAAGUGCCAGAUACAGAAACUCUCUGCUAUGUUAUGCCAUCGUCCAGUGCAAGAUGUGCUCAGUUUCCUCGGGCACAAGAUAAAGUUCAUUAUUAUAUUAAGCUGAAAGACUUAAGGGAUCAACUGAAAGGCAUCACACCCAACACAGAGGUCCAGGAGGUGCAGUACACAUUUGACUUGCAACUUGCACAAGAGGAUGCGAAAAAGAUGGCUGUCAAAGAAGAAAAGUAUGACCCAGGCUAUGAAGCAGCAUAUGGAGGAGCUUACUGUGACCGUGCAACGUAUGACACUGACCAGUGCAGCUUGUCUUCAAAUGGAACUGCAGGAAGCAAUCCACAGUACUGCGAAGGGUCCUUUAGUGAGGUUCCUAACGGACAGUGGAUGACACAGUCCUUUGCAGACCAGAUUCCAGAGUUCAAUGCUGGCAUGACGCAGGAGGAGGAGGGAAGCAGCGUUUAGGAGCUGUUCCUUCUUGGCUAUGCACACAUGCUGCAGUUUUAAUGCAGUGAUCAAGAUUGGUACCUCGGUUCUCCAACUGAAGCAUCUGAAUAGUAUUUUAUCUCCCCUAGUUAUUUUAUUAUAGUCCAAAGUAAGUGUGUGGUAGGCUGAAAUCAAUGAACCAGAUAAUUCAAACUUUCUUUAAAAAAGUUAGCCCUUUUUAGUAUAUGAGGUUUAUAUUUAAUGUAUACCAUUUCUUGAAGUUUUGACAAAUUGCUUUCUCAUUUGUGAAGAUUUCUUUGGGUUGUUAAUUUUAUUCCAUAAAUUGCAACGUGGUAGGAACAGCAGCAGUAUAUUUUUUACUGAUGCCUCAAUAUUUGGAUAUCUCUUAAUACUUUUAUAUCUAGAGGGGAAAAUGGAAAAUGUACCCUUACCUUGUGUGAAGCGGUGUUUUUAAUCAUGCACAGUUAAGGAAAUGGUGCUUUUUAAGCCUGCCUUUUACUAUCUUAAAAAGUGUAGAAAAUUGUGUUCUGCAGCUAUGGGUGCUGUCUUCUGGGUGGGUCGAGAGAGGUCUGUCUGUUCAGUGAGUGUACCAUAAUUGAGGAUGAAGGGAGUGAAGACAUCAUCUCAAGUCACAACACGGGGGAGGAAAACUUGUGUCACACAGGAGAGGGCCUAAAUAUUCUAGCUGAGCUCUUAGGAUAAGGUUUCUCUACCACUCCAUCUCUUUCCCCCUUAAAUUCCAAUGUAAGGAACUAGAAUUACUUUUUUAAAAAAAGCAAAAACAAAGAGCAGUGGUAGUUCUUGAAUUCUGUGGUAUUUAAACUCCAUCAUUUCCAUAAAGUUAGUCCCUUUACCUAACCUUUAGCAGGAGAUAACCUCUUUGAAUGAGACAGAGAAUUGGAAGACUGCUUUCUCUUUAAAGGUAAUGUACAGCUGCGUUAUUUAUUUAUUAUCAUGUACAAUUAGCACAGGGUGAAAUAGAUUUGCAGUUUGACAGUUUUUAAAAUUAAGCUCUUCUCAAUCUGUAGUACCUUAGAGGGUGUUCCCUUUAUUCCACUUAAAAACACUGAGUUGAAUACAGGGAUAGCUGUUCCAUGAAUAAAAAGUUGUCUGUAGAAACUAUAACUCUUCUGAGGGACUUGCCUAAAUGAUACACAUUUUUGGCCAAUAUUAGUGACUGAGGGAAAAAAAAUUUCUUCCUGGUGCCUAACUCUCAUCUUCUUUCCCUCUUUUAUCAUGUGAGGAAAAGAUGAAGUAAAAGCAAUAAGCUGAUCAAAAUACUAAAGUUUUGAUGAUCUUACGACAUUUGGUGCUUCACAUACUUGAAAACAGACGCAAACAGUAUCUCCACACUCCAUGCUGGUCAGAGAUUCCUGUACCAGUAUGAUUUAUCCUCUCUUCACAGCUAGUGACAGUUGUCAGUUGUGUGUAACUGGUUAGUGUAGGUUCUAAUCUAACACCUCUUACAGAGAUCACACACUGUCAACCUGUUGUGAGGCGUGUUGUUUACAGUUUGUUCCCAAAUUAUGUGGCUUAAUUCUGAGAAUCUUCAAUCGAGUGAGUGUGCAUUAUGAUUCUGAUUGUGUUUAUUAGCUGCAGCAUAAAGCUGUUCCACAUAUUGUCAGAAAGGUAUAGGACUUGUCUGUUAUUUAAAGUGUACCGUAUCAUGUAUUGCUGUUUACAUGGAUGUUUUCCUACAGAUGCUUGAAGUAUCUUGCAUCAGGGUUUUGCUACAAUUUAGUUUUAUUUUCAACAAAAUUAGAAGCAUGAAAUUAGAACUGCUGAGUAUGUAGCACAGUAGGAUGUAACUCCUGAAAGGCUAUCCUGUUUGAUUGGAAGGGAAAGGUCUCUUCCUUAAUGGAAUCACCCACUUGGUUAUCUGGGUAUAAAAUACAGUUGAGUAUACAAUGACCAUUCCACUAAAUACAGCAAUUCUGUGUCCUUCCUCAAAACUGGUGCUCUUUUUGUUACAGUGAUACAGAAAAUCUUAAUCUGUCUUAAAUCUAUCAAUGUUUCACAAUAAAAUCAGGAAUUGUACUGAA